AGUUCACAGGAGCCGCGCCCCCAGUCACCCUGUAGAUCCGUGUGUAGGGGGACGCUACGCCGCGCCCUCGCCUCUGUGCCCCCUCGAACAAGUGGUCUCUGGUGGUCCUCGUCACGGCCAUUAAAGCGGGAUUAUGCAGGCCAUCAAGUGUGUGGUGGUGGGCGACGGAGCCGUGGGUAAAACAUGUCUCCUCAUCAGCUACACGACAAAUGCCUUCCCCGGAGAGUACAUCCCCACAGUAUUCGACAACUACUCCGCCAAUGUGAUGGUGGAUGGGAAGCCGAUCAACCUGGGGCUCUGGGAUACAGCGGGACAGGAGGAUUACGACCGCCUGCGUCCACUCUCCUACCCACAGACUGACGUGUUCCUCAUCUGCUUCUCCCUCGUCAACCCGGCCAGCUUUGAGAACGUCAGGGCAAAGUGGUAUCCUGAGGUACGGCACCACUGCCCCAACACGCCCAUCAUCCUCGUGGGCACCAAGCUUGAUCUGAGGGAAGACCGCGAGACUAUAGACAAACUCAAGGACAAAAAGCUCUCGCCCAUUUCGUACCCUCAGGGUCUGUCCAUGGCUAAGGAGGUUGGUGCCACCAAAUACCUCGAGUGCUCGGCCCUCACCCAGAAGGGCCUCAAGACUGUCUUCGACGAGGCCAUCCGCGCCGUGCUCUGCCCCAUCAAGCCGCCCGGCAGGGGGAAGCGCAGGUGUAGAAUCUUGUAAGGGCAUCAGCCACUACCCGCAAGAGGUCUUCAUUAAGCUCCCAAGACCGAGAAGUUACUAUUGGUCAAAUUUCCAAGGCCUGAGUUGCCUCUGAUCUAUCUACACAAUCUCCCUGAGGCCUCCAGUAAACAGUCCUGCUCUCGGCCUCUGUGUCUGUCUGGCGUGUUUUGCUCUUGGAGUGCCAGAAGAAAGUCCUUUAUCCAUAUUUUUUUUCUUUUGUUUUUCUUAUGUCUGUUCCAUUCUGAUGUAACUUAUGUUGUGGCUUUAAGAUUUUUUUAGUUUUUUUACGUUGACCAUAAAUUUUUUGCAAUUCCUCAGAAUCAAAGGGAGACUGAUGGUGUUUUCUGUGUGUGUCUGUGUGUGAGUGUGUGUGUGAGAGAGAGAAAAAGUACUGUACUCUGCAUUUGUUUAAGUGCAUACAAGGAAAUUCAGUGCCCCUAUAAGAACAGAAGUAACAUCAACAACAUUAACAGUAUAUCUUCCAACAGGGACAAACUUCUAAAACAUUGCACAUAUCCAUGAAAAAUUUAAAUAGAACUCAGGAUAGUUUUGUUCUACUUUCCCUGCACAUCAUCAAGGGAGAUUUCCUCUUCUUUAGAUAUUUAGAUAGAUUUUUUGUCAAGCUUGGGUCAAGAAGGUUUUUUGUACAUACCUGCUUUAGUUGCACAAGCACAGGAAGGCUGGAUGACUGACUGGCAGGCUGAAUGGUUGAAGAUGUAUGCGUGUUGGUAGUGUAUUCAUCGUGUGUGUGUGUGUGUGUGUGUGUGUGUGUAAGAAUGAACAAGAGCGAGAGGGAGUGCAGAAGCAUAUGCAACCACUACUUUGCUCUGUGUUGUGACUGCCACACAGAAUCACGUAUUAUUCGCAUUCAUGGCAUUUAGCGCAUAUCUAUUCACACCCACAUAUGUACCAGCAUUUAGGUUCUUAGUACAGCCAAGUAGUUUACUCCAAGUCUUAGCACGGGUGAGGUAUAUUGCAAAAUUUCCGUAGUGAUGAAAAAUGUAUACUGUGUGUUCCUCUUCAUCCCAGAGAGUGAGUAAGAGAGAGAGAGAGAAUUUGUGCCUUGGUGAGUUGCUUUCUAAAGGAGCAUAGCCAGUUUUUCCUUUUUUGUACAGUGUGUGGGAGAGAACAUUUUUGGUGAUCGAAGGGUGAUUCGAGAACAUUUUGUGGUGAGAAUGAUGAACUGGCAACAUUUAGGUCGAAGACUUUGAUUCGAGAACGUCUUAGGUGAAUGGGGGAUGAAUGAGAACAUUUUUUGCAAGAUAGGGAUGAAUAGAGAACAUAAUUGGUGAGCGAACCAUGAACAGAGAACAUCUUGUAAAUGCAGGAUGAACUGAUAACAUUUUGGGGUGAGUGCAACAUGAAACCAGAAAAUAUUUGUCCUUGUGUGUGUGGAUGUGUGUAUGUGUGUGUGUGUGUGUGUGUGUGCUUUUUGAGUAGCCAGAGAACAUCUUAAAAGGCUGCUGGUGGUGGUGGAGGAAAAAAAAAACGGUGAAGCCAACAUAUCUAUGGAAUUAACAUGGUGGUGGAGUAGUGGUUUAAUUUGUGUGGAAGUGAGUGUGUGUAAGAAAAUGGGAUGGUGGUGGUUCGAGCCUGCAAGCGAGAAGUGGGUAAUGGAUAUUUGUGUGUCUGUGUGCGUGUGUCUGUGGAUGCCGGAGAAAUACAGAGAGGAGUGUUAAUGGUUUGCGCUAAAAGAAAAGGAAUGGAAUAGUGGUUUUGUGUGUGUGUAUGUGUGUAUGUGUAAGUGGAUGGAUAUGUGUGUACAGCAGGAAUUUGGAGAACUGUGGUGGUGUGAGUCAUCCAAGGAGAAAUAAAAGAGGAGCUAGAGAAGGAGUUAAGGUUUAAGGUAGUGGUUUUGUGUAUGUGUGUGUGUGUGUGUGUGUGUGUGUGGGUGGAUGUUGCAUGAGGAAGAAGAAUUUGGAGAGCAAUGUCGGUGUGCAUUUGAGGAAAGGGAAAGAGGCGCUAGAGAAUUAGUGCAAGUUUAAGCUUUUAUCCCUCUCCUAACAAGGCAGGGGAUGGACAAAUUUAUUUUCUUAGGUGUGUCAGGUAACAGAUAGCGACAUUUUCCUGUGUGAGGGGGAGUAACCUAAGGAGGAGCAUGUACAGUGUAUGUUGACUGUUGUGCACUAACACGGAAAAAUACAAGUGCUUGAAAAAUGAUGUAAAAACGAUAAAAAAAUAUGUGGAAAAGGGCGAUUGCUGCUAAUGUCUGUGAUUAUGAUCAGUAUGGUAAAUGUCUUUAACUCUAAUCCCUAAUCAUCCCCCCAAUCCUUUCAGACAUGUCACAGUAGCUUAUGCACAAAACUUCUACGUAUGUACUAAUGACAAGUGAUUGGGUAGUAGUGUUGUUUGUAGCUGUAUUCAGGUAUUCCAGACUCCUCACAGCCAGUUGGUCUGCUGCUGCUGCUGCUAACAUAAUCCACUCAUUUGAGAACCCUGUUUUUCCUAGUGUUUCGGUGGAGACAGCCAGACAGCAAACAGGUCUAGGAUUCAGAAACCAAGAAAACUGAGAAACAUUUCGUGGUCAUAUAUUUGAGCCCUUGAGAAUUGCAAAGCUGCGAUCACUAAUGUCGACUGAUCUUUUGGUCCUUUGAGUUGUCAUAUACUGCAGUUUUGAACCCUGUUGGAUAAUCAUAGCACUUCAAAUCACACCUUUACAAAACAAAGGGCUCUUGGGUGAAUCUGAUGCUGGCUAAAUCACUUGUUUGGCUCUGUUGGCACAUGACGUUUUUGAGACGGCUCCUGUAACAUCGGACAUCAGGAGAGAGAGAAUGAGAUAUAUUAGAAGAGUGCUCCUGUAACAUUAUCGGAUAUCAGGAGAGAGAGAGAAUGAGAUAUAUUAGAAGAGAGAAGAUAAAUUGCAAGCUUUGUGAUGUGUUGAAGAAGCUGAAACAACUCUUCCAAUUAGUUAGUGAAGAUGCCCAGGGAGUGUAAAAACAGAGAUAGGGAGAGACUACAUAGAUUAAGAGAGAGAGAGAGAGAGGGAAUAACUUGUGAUUUUUGUAAUGUGUCGGAGUGAAGCCAGAUCAACGCUUCCAAUUAACUAGUGAAGAUGCCAAUGGAGGAGGGAAAAAAAAUUGCCGUUGUUGAGAUGUUCAUUUUCGGUGUCUUGUGCUGCGCCUCUGAAGCCUGAUAUUUGAGGGGGCCAGGCAUUGCUUGGUGUGCUGCCCCCGGGAGGUGUGGUGCGAGGGGGGGCGGGCACCUUUGGGGUUAAGGAUAAGUAGGAUACAUUUUUUCCAUAUAAUCCAUGACUCAUUAAAAGAUAUCAUUACUACCAAGAAAGCCAAUGUAGCGUAGCAUUUGUGCUCAGAUAGAUUUUUGGUAAUAACAUUGCUCUUCUGCUCCAAUCCUACCGAACGUUCAUUAUUAUUCCCACUGCAGCGGCCAGGGUUUGUUUGUCAGUUUGUGCACGCUACUCCAGUUUGAGAAGUGGAGGAGUGGAUCAAUGUGUGUGUGUGUGUGUGUGUGUGUGUGUGUGUGUGUGUGUGUGUGUGUGUGAGGAUGUAAAAGUAUGGAGAGUAGUGGUUGUGGUUUGUGCUUUAAGGAAAAUGAAUGUAUUUGUGGUUUUGUGUUUGUAUGUGUGGAAAAAAUGACCUCUGAAUAUUGAGCCAAAAUUGAAUAUAGGAGGAAUACUCAACUUACCCAUGUUAUUAGCUGUUCCCCUUUAUGAUAGGACUGAUUGAAUAAUAAGUUUAGGCCUCUAGAGAAGUAUUAGUAUCAGUUGUGGUAGCACCAGAAGCAACCCUCAAAGAAGUAUAGUAUCAACAGAAAAGUUCUCUCCUAAACUUGUCUUAAAAAAAAGUUGACUCAAAUCUUGUGUUGAAAACCAAUCAUCCCCCUAAACUUGUUUGAAAGAAGUCAUAAAAUUAGACUUUUGCAUAGGUUUGUUCAGUAGAUUUUCUAUUUUUAUUGAUUUAACAUUUCAGUUUUAUAUAUAUACUCAAUAUUCCACUUUUUUUUGUGUGUGUGUGUGGUGAGGAGUAACUGAGUGUGUGUGUGUGUGAGUGUGUGUGUGUGUGUGUGUGUGUGUGUGUGUGUGUGUGUGUGUGUGUGGUGAGUAUUAACUGAGUGUGUGUGUGUGUGUGUGUGUGUGUGAGUGGGCCGUGUGAGCACUAAAUGGAGUGGUGUGCAUGACCUGGCAGGUAUUCCCUACAUUUGCUGUCAGUACUUCAAUAUCUUCUUGAGCCUCUUCUUCAUUACAUCCAAAAGAAAUGUUUAUUAUUAUUCAUGAAAGAGAAUCAUUGCAUGUUCUAUUGUUGUUGUUUUUUUAUUAAGUUGCUUAACAGUAAGUGUUGAUGGUGAAAAAUAAAAUAUCGCUUGUACAUAAAGUUUUAUAUCUGCCGCUGCGGUCAUGCUGGAUCACGUAAGAUAAUGUCAAAGAUAAAUCGCUUUUACUAUAAAAUUAAAAUAUUUUUUGAGUGCAUCUCGUGGUGUGUGUGUGCUGGUAUGUAUAUGUACAAGUAUAACAUUUGUCAAGGUAUUUGUCACAUAUAGAUACUGGACACUGUCGUAUUACAACCUGUAAAGUGUAAGUUUUCUUUUUCAUUAUGUUCAUGAGACCCCAUAGCUUUGGGGCCAGAGUGAUUUGUGCUGCAGGAAGCAGAGGGUGUGAGCUGCAGCAAACAGCAGUGCAGACAAAAGAUCCUCAGCUGCUGACACUGACCAGGUCAGAAAAGAAACAGAUGGCCCAGAAUUGUGAAAUUCCUUCUUCCAUGUUUCUGUGAAUACACAUGAAAUGUAAUGCCUUCAACAUGUCUUUUGACAGUACAUGCUGAAAACAAAGUAUAUACUUAUUUGAUCUGAAGUGAAAAACUAAGAACUGUCAAACACCAUCCUUGCUCCCCUGAGUAAGGUUAGUGUUAUGCCUUCAAUAUGUCUCUUUAAACCAGUACAUGCUGAGAAAAAAAAGCUGACCUCUUUGAUCUGAAAUGGAAGGCUGAGAAUUGUCAAACAUCUUCCAUAUUUCUGCAAUUAAGGAUUAAGUGUUAUGGCUUCAGAAUAUCAUCUUUUAUUGGACAACGAGGGAGAAGUAUGCUCACAUCUUUGAUCCUAGAUGGAAAGCUUAACAAUUAUCACAUAUCUCACCUCUGUUUUGCUGGGAAAGGCAAGAGUGUCAGGCCUUUAAUAUAUGUUUUGAUGUGUACAGUCUUUAGAAAAAAGUUUAACAGGAGGCAGAGAAAUACUAAACACCUUUUUCUUUUUCUCUACAUUAUCUUUUUCAUUUUUCUCCUCAUUCUUGUAUCUACUUCUACUGCUAUUCAUACUUCUACUGCCACAAUUUCUUCUUCCAUGGUUCCUUAAGAAAGACUAAAGUUUAUAAUCCAUUCAGUAUUUAAUUCUCAGUUCAGUCUUGCCAAAAAGAAAAACAGGAAGCCAAAAUUUGUUCCCCAUUUCCCUUCCCAUAACUCCUUAAAUUCAAUGCUUUUACCUUCCUUCCUUUCCCCUUUCUUUCCUGCUUGUGAGGGUGGUGAUGGUGGUGAUCAUCAGGUUAUUUUGGUGCUGGUCUUUUUAUAUUGUGUGGCUCAGGUGGGGAUCCUUGAACCUGCUCUAACCUUUAAAACCUCUUCUUGCACUCAGACCUCUUCUCUAUUCUAUAUCAUUUAAGCUACUGUUUCACCUCCCACUUCACCGCCACUUCUCACUCCACUUCUUUUUUACUCUUAGCUGCUUCUCUUUACAUUCCUGUCACUCCUCACCUCACCUUCUCUUGCCCUUACUCAUCACCUCCCUUCUUUUCAAUCUGCACCUCCUUCCUUUCACACCAGCCUUUUUUGCCACACACACUAAUGCACUGAGCCCUGUUCCUCUUAUUCGCUCUGCCUCCUGUGGGUUGUGUCACCUCAUGAGAGUAUUUAAGUGUACAGAAAGUUCCAUCCAUUUACCAUUGUCUUUGCUAACCAACUGUAUUGGCAUUGGCAGGGAAUGAAGUUAAAUGUGUGAGUGCUACUAGGAAUUGCUGUCCAGUAUGCUACUUACUUACUGAUGUGAGGGUAAAAUGUCUCCUGCAAAACCCAACAAGAGGGAGAGAGAGAGGGGUGUGCUUUGCUGUAUAAGAAGUUGAACAGCCUGAUGGAUAUAAAAUUGAUGUUAUAAUAUGUACUAUCUUUUGAGAAGAUAAAAGAAACAAGAAGUAUAAGAAUGAAAAGUUGCACAAUCCACAGGGAAAAUUUAUAUACGUACUAUGUUUAAGAAAGAGGACAAGAAGCUGCACAGCCUGAGAGAAAGUAUGAAUACAAUAUGCACUGUCCAGCAAAGACAAGAAAACCAAUUUGAAGGCUUACGUCUGAAGGGGCACAAAUCCAACCCUGACCUUUUUGGAGACCAUUCGUAGCGCCAUGUUCCAGCCCGGCCCGGCGCGGCGCGGGGCGGGGCGCUGCGUUGUCAUGCCCCCGGUCUUGCCCCUUCUGCCCCGCCCGUUCCGCCCCGCCCCGCCACCAGCCCCGCCAACAAGACAUCAUCAUCAUCGCUCGUAGCCUAUAAUAAUUGUGCACAAAGUUCAUUCAGUGAUUACCAUGUUCAAGUUUGUAAAGUGUUUUUACAUUUGUAAAUAGGGAUGUCAAAGUGAUGAAUAAUAAAGCUGUAUAAUUAUUUUA